AACAGAGAUAAAUGAUAAAUCCGAGGAAAUUACUAAACAAUUUCUUUUACGGGUAAAGCGGAGUGGAUCAGAUCCAAUCUAACCAAAGGAAUUCCCGGGAAAAGAUGGAGAAGAUGAACAAUGCGUUUGAGAAGAUGAAAAUGCUGGUGGGAAUGGAGGUGGACGAUGAACAACAACAGCCUGCGAUCGAAGAUGGAAACUCAUUCUCUUUCAUGGACGAUUUCAAUCGCCAGUGCACUUUGUCCACCCAGCAGAGGUUUUAUGGGUUUGCGAUCUGCUUGGUUUCUGGCUUAGCUUGUACAUUCCUGUCAAUCUUUGUUUUCUUCCAUCCAAUCAAGUUUGGAAUCACAUUUACAUUUGGCAAUUUGCUUGCACUUGGAAGCACAGCGUUCCUCAUUGGCCCAAAAAGGCAGGUGUCAAUGAUGCUUGAUCCUGUUCGUAUAUAUGCAACAGCUAUAUAUAUUGCAAGUAUGAUUAUCGCUCUGUUUUGUGCCUUCUAUGCUCGUAACAAGCUGUUGACACUUCUGGCAAUCAUAUUAGAAUUUGGUGCACUGAUUUGGUACAGCUUGAGCUAUAUCCCAUUCGCAAGGUCCAUGGUUUCAAAGAUCAUGGUAUCUUGUUUCGACACCGAAUUUUAAUCUCAUGUUGCAAUUUCGUGUACAUGCAAAGAAGGGAGGUUAGUCCUGAUCCAUAAAACUGAAGUAUGUGAUAUAUCUCUAUCUAUCUAUGUACGAAUAGUAAACCUCAAAGACGGAUUUCCCUUCUGCUGCUCUUAAAUUUUCUUAGAUAUGACGAGAGAUGUUGCUCCGAUCAUGGAAGUGGCAACUUGGUUGAACAAUUUUUUUUUCGAUUUGCGUACAUGUCGUUAAGUGAUUUUAAUGCGAUGAAAAUUAUUCUAUCUGGUUUAGAAGAGAAGGUGAGGCGUUGAUCAUGUGCAAUGUAUGAUGUGGUUUAUAUCUCUACUUGUUUAUGUAUACAUUAAUGAAUGAUGAACCCCAAAACAUAUGAAUCAGUCAUAGAUACAGAGCAAUGAGGGAGAAGCAUGUCCAUGGCCAUGAAUUAGUAGUGCAUCAUAUCAUUAGUCUGAAUUCCUCAAAG